CGGACCACCAGAUGGCUCCACUCACACCCAAGUUGAAGGGAAGAGCUGGGUGGAGAUUUUGGCGCUUACUGUAUCUUAAGUUCUGAGAGACAGUGUGUGAAUAAACAGUUGGAGUGAGACACAGGAACCUCUCGUGUCGUUAUUUCUUACCUCCACAUUGGUGACCCCAGUAGCGAACAUGCUAAGGCUCGACGACGAAGCCAGCUCCGGCCUGGAAGCAUCGGCUGCCGCCGGAUUUGCACCUCCGCCGAUGGCUGCGUUUGCUGUGGCGCUUAAAUUGCCGGAUUUUUGGCUUCACGAUCCCCCUUCAUGGUUCGUGCACGUAGAAGCUCAGUUUGCUCUUCGUGGAGUUUCAGCCGACGAUACUAAAUACCACCAUGUGGUGGCUUCUCUUGACCCGCUGUCAACCCGCCGCGUGAUGACUCUCCUCCGGGACCCUCCAGCCCACGGCAAGUACACCGCUCUCAAGGCGCUGCUGCUGCGGCGUUACUCCCUCUCUGAUGCUGAGCGAGCCGAGAAACUCCUUUCCCUCGCGGGCCUGGGCGACGGCACCGCCCUCGAGCUCAUGGAGAGCAUGCUGUCCUUGCUGGGCGCGGAUGAUGGAGGAUUUCUCUUCACCCACCUCUUUCUCCGACAGUUGCCGGCUCCAGUGCGCGCUGGCCUUGCCAACUCCCCGCUAUUGGCCACGAAGGAUUACCGCUCUCUGGCGGAAGAGGCAGAUCGCAUCCUCCUUGCUACCAGGAGUUUCGGCGUCCAGGCGGUUGUUCAGGACUCACCAGCGUUUUCCCCUGCCUCCUCACCGAUGCUCCAGGGACCCUCCGACUCGUCCACGGUGGCCGGAAUCGCUGCGCGGCAGCACCGCGGAAAAGGGCUUUGCUUUUAUCACCAGCGUUUUGGAGCGAAGGCCCGGCGCUGUCUCCCGCCUUGCAGUUUCCAGACCCAGGGAAACGGGCAUGUCAGCGCUCGGUAGCAGCCGCGACCGCUGGCAACAAGGAAAGGCUGCUUUUCUUAGAGGACUCACGCUCGGGGAGGCGUUUCCUGGUGGACUCCGGCUCACAGAAGAGCCUUCUUCCCCCGGCUGGCUCGGACGGGCUAGCUGAGGGCUGCGGGCCAUUGCUAACAGCGGCUAAUGGCUCUCCCAUCAAAACCUUCGGCGAAAGGACUACCCCCGGACCACCAACGUUUGAGCCUCCUUCUGCCUUUCCUGCUCGCCUUCACCAGCCUCGUUCACAGGAUGGACCUUCCUCUGCCUGUUCUCUCCCUCCCAGGUUCAGUCGUUCGGGUCGUUUGCUUAGGCCCAGGGUCCUGGACU